UAACCCUAUCUCCACACCGUCCCCCUCGUCUCCCCUCCCGCCGCCAGCCUUCCUUCCCCUCACCCCUCACCAGAUCCCCUCGCCCCUCGACUGCUGCAGGCCCCGAAAUUAGUGUCGCCGGAUCUGGCGGCUCCCUGCUCCUCCUCCCCAUGCCAAUCCGGCGAUCCCCCACCCACCUGAUCAGCCCGCGCACCAUGCAGUCCAAGCCCGGCCCCCUCCCCGCGCCGCCUCGCAAUGCCGGGCCUCGCUGCCGGCGAGCAGGAUGUCGUCUCGCUGGUGCGCCGCGUCGCCCGGGCCCUCAACCGCCGGAUCUCCGAGGAGGACGCCAUCAACAGUGGCAUAAUAGCCAUGCGUUGUGCUGGCGGUCCAUCCGGCCACCUCCUCCGAAUAACAUGAAGUGCGGGUGUGAUUCCAUGUUCUUCUUCUGUACAUUUUCAGUAGGCAAGAAAAGUGGCAAGAGCAUAUUGUGCAGAGAAAGAGGAUGAGAAGAAACUUGGGGUUCUCAUCCAAUCUUUGUGGAACUCUCUUUAUGUGCGAUUGUGCACUUGUUGGGUCCUUUUUCUGUGUACUUGCACUUAUAGUAGUAUUCUAUUGUGCACAUGUAAAAUUAUUUUGAUGUGUCCUUGUUAGGCGUUGAACCUUAAUGCGUGGAGUCGGUCGAUGGUGUAUUGUAUUUAAUGAGAUAUGUUACUGAAAUGAAAUAUACAUUUUAUUUGCAA